UAAGAAGAAAGACGGUUAAAAUGGAUAAAUAUUUAUUUUUAAUGGCCCUUAUUAUUCUGCCAGAAAUCUCUUUUAUGCUGGAAGCUGUCGAUGAUUUUGAAGUCCCUGUGGAAAUAACAUUCGAUAAUGGGACUCCGGAUCCUUUACAAAUGAGGAGCAAGCCAAUUAUAAAUACUAAGGGAAGGAGUCGUGCAUAUCGGCACUUGGAUGACCACACAUUGAACGUCACCAAAUACCGUGGCGAAAUGGUUGACAAUUAUUGCUGCUUCUGGGUGUACCAAACACAUCCCGCUAUUACCCAGACCUGGAAGAAUAUGUCCGAGCAUCCGUUCGACUUUAACUUCAAUGGUCUCUUUGUGGAGAAUAAGCGAAACAAUACAAGUCUAAAUCCUUAAAGUAAAUUGGGUAGUCCUUUAGGAGCAUAGAAAUUAGCCAAGUCUCUCGGAUAAAAGUAAAAUAUUAUAUAGUAA